CAAAGCAAAGUUCAAAACAAAUUGACUGUAAGGGCUGUUCCUGUUUCCUCCAAAGUCUCAACAAAUCCAUCAAUUCAUUCACCCAUUUCAUCGAUUCAUCAAUCCAUCCACCAAAUUGCCAACCAGAGGCUGCCCAUUUCGCUCACGCACACAACAGCAAAGCAAAAAGCCGGACCAAAAACAGCUCAAUCCCAACCCCAACCCCUCAAAUCCUCCCCCACACGCUUUGGUUUCAAUUUCGAGCCACCCCAUUUCUCAUCGAAGAACAACCCACUUCACCGCCGGCAAUGUCUCUCCGACCCACCACGCGAACCGAUGUCCGUAAGAAGUCUUACAAGACCGGUGUGGAUGCCGAUGAGGCUAGAAGGAGGAGAGAGGAUAAUCUGGUUGAGAUCAGGAAGAACAAGCGCGAGGAUAACUUGCUGAAGAAGAGGAGAGAAGGGCUUCUCUUGCAUUCCCAGCAAUUGCUCGAUGCUGCUCAGAAUGCCGCCGUCGUCGAGAAGCGCUUGGAGAGUAUUCCUGUGUUGGUACAAGGAGUGUGGUCUGCUGAUACAGCAGCUCAGCUGGAAUCCACUACUCAAUUUAGAAAGCUAUUAUCUAUUGAGCGUAGCCCGCCAAUUGAUGAAGUGAUUAAAGCUGGUGUAGUUCCUAAGUUCGUGGAAUUUCUUGGAAGGCAUGAUCUACCUCAGUUGCAAUUUGAAGCUGCAUGGGCCUUGACCAAUGUUGCAUCUGGAACAUCGGAGCAUACACGAGUUGUCAUUGACCAUGGUGCUGUGCCUAUUUUCGUACAACUUUUGAGCUCAGGCAGUGACGAUGUCAGGGAGCAGGCUGUGUGGGCCUUAGGUAAUGUUGCUGGCGACUCUCCCACUUGUCGGGAUCUUGUUCUUAGCCACGGUGCACUCGUGCCAUUACUUUCCCAACUAAACGAGCACUCGAAAUUAUCCAUGCUGAGGAAUGCAACAUGGACUUUAUCUAAUUUCUGUCGUGGGAAGCCUCCCACACCCUUUGAACAGGUGAAACCUGCUUUACCAAUUCUCAGGCAACUGAUUCACUUGAAUGAUGAAGAAGUUCUAACAGACGCCUGCUGGGCUCUCUCCUACCUUUCAGACGGCCCGAACGAAAAAAUUCAGGCUGUAAUAGAAGCAGGAGUUUGUCCUAGACUUGUAGAACUUUUGCUCCACCAAUCGCCGUCGGUUUUGGUGCCAGCUCUUCGUACGGUCGGAAACAUCGUUACUGGUGAUGAUGCCCAGACACAGUUUGUGAUUGACAACCAAGUUUUACCUAAUCUCUAUCAACUUCUCACUCAAAACCACAAAAAAAGCAUCAAGAAAGAAGCUUGUUGGACAAUCUCCAACAUCACUGCAGGAAAUAGAGCUCAGAUACAGGCAGUUAUUGAGGCAAAUAUUGUCCUUCCUCUUGUUCAUCUCCUUCAACAUGCAGAAUUUGACAUCAAGAAGGAGGCUGGGUGGGCUAUUUCCAAUGCCACCUCCGGAGGAUCUCAUCAGCAGAUUCAGUAUCUGGUUACUCAAGGUUGCAUCAAACCACUCUGUGACCUUUUGACCUGUCCAGACCCACGGAUCGUGACAGUAUGCCUGGAGGGGCUCGAUAACAUCCUGAAGGUCGGCGAGGCUGACAAGGACAUGGGAAUGAACGGAGGAGUAAACAUCUACGCUCAAGCCAUUGACGAAUGUGAGGGACUCGAUAAGAUUGAAAACUUGCAGACUCACGACAACAACGAGAUCUACGAGAAGGCAGUGAAGAUGUUGGAGAGAUACUGGGCGGAAGAAGACGAGGAGCCAGAGCAGAACCCGCAGCAGAACGGAGACGUGAAUCAACCGGGGUUUGCAUUUGGUACAGACCAGCCAAAUGUUCCACCUGGUGGGUUCAAGUUCGGGUGAAAUGUGUAGUAGGUUGAGAAGGAAGUGUUGCAUCAAAUGAUUUGUAGGUGGCUUGUUCUUGUUUGGUUCUUGAUUGGUGUAGUGAAGCUUCAAGUUUUUAUAUUUGCUUAGCUCGUGUUUGUGGUUCACAAGGGUCAGGGUUUUUGAUCUGGUCCACGGCUGUUACUUCUCUGGAGUUUUGUUUUUCUUUGUUCUUUUUGGUCAGCCAGCGUUAUCUAUGGCAAGCCUUUUCCUUUCCUUAUCCAAAACUUGACUUUGUACUUAUACAGAACAUAUAUACAUAUUGGUCUGUUCUUCUAUAACUAGGACGGGAGAUCGAAUCAUCGAUUUUUAGAACGGUAAUUGGUGCUUUAUUCA